AAGGCAACCACUACAGCGUAGUUGACUGAACUUUGGAGCAGUUGUAACUUGCAACACAGCAGCUUUCUUAAAAAAAUUUUGCUCCCCUUCUCUUCAUCAAACUCGGAUUUGAUCUGUAGCUUGGAUUUUGCAACGCCUCCGCCUCGAUUAUAUAAUUUGCACAAGCACAGCCAACGAAAACCACUUGACCACUGCCACAGCACUCUACUGCUGUACUACUUUUCUGCUGCAUCAAUAAUGUUAUAGAAUAGUAUAGGAAUAAAUAAAAUUAUUAUUAUUAUUUAGCGGCAAUCCCAGCACGCCCCUUAUUAUUAUUAUUGACUUAGUGGGAAGGGGCCUGUGAUCCCUCUCUAUGUACAUGUAACUUGACCCACAGCGCUCUGCACCAUUUGUUACUUCUCUGAGCUCUCUCUCUCUCCCCAUCUCUCUCACACACACACAAUUUGGUAAUAAUGGAGGAGAUCCAGCACACUCGAGUGGAAGUAAGAGGGCUAAAGCUUCAUGUGGCUGAGAUCGGAACGGGUGCCAAGGUAGUGGUGUUCUUGCAUGGAUUCCCGGAGAUUUGGUACUCGUGGAGGCACCAAAUGGUUGCCGUUGCUAAAGCCGGCUAUCGCGCAAUCGCCAUCGACUUCAGGGGAUACGGUCUCUCCGAUCAGCCCGCCCAACCCGAGGAAGCUAAUUUCAACGAUCUGGUUCUCGAUCUUAUUGCCCUCUUUGAUUCCUAUGACAUCCCCAAGGCUUUUCUGGUUGGGAAGGACUUCGGAGCUGUACCAGCGUUUCAGGUAGCUGUGGAACACCCAGGCAGGGUGUGUGGCGUGGUAACUCUAGGCGUCCCUUUCAUGCUACCAGGUUCCUCUGUCAUCCAAGGCCAUCUCUUUCCCAAAGGCUUCUACAUGUUGAGGUGGCUGGAGCCAGGACGCGCUGAAGCUGAUUUCGGCCGCUUCGAAGUGAAGACGGUGGUAAGACGAAUUUACACUCUCUUCUCCGGCAGCGAACUUCCGGUGGCCAGCAGCGAUGAUCAGGAAAUAUUGGACCUGGCUGACCCGUCCACUCCUCUGCCCCCAUGGUUCACCGAGAAAGACCUUGAUGUUUAUGCUACCUUAUACGAGAAGUCCCGAUUUCGGACUGCACUGCAAGUUCCCUACAGGACUCUGAAUGCAGAUUGUGGUAUAACUGACCCUAAAACUACAGCUCCGGCACUGCUAAUAAUGGGAGAGAAGGACUAUGUCAUAAAAUUCCCAGGGAUGGAGGAGUACGUGCGAAGUGGGAAAGUGAAGGAGUUCGUGCCCAAUCUGGAAGUCAUUUUCUUGGAAGAAGGAAGCCAUUUUGUGCAGGAACAACUGCCAGAGCAGGUGAACAACCUUCUCAUCUCCUUCCUCGACAAACAUAAUGUCUAAUGGGGAGAGGAGUAGGGUUGCACCACUUAUGGGAUGCCAUACAAAUUAAGUGAAUCCGCUCUAGGAAUAAAGUGUAACCUAUGGCAAGCUCUCAAAUAUUGCUGUAUAAGACCUCUGCAUCUCUACCUGGUUUGGAAAUUUUAUAUUCAUGAAGUUAAAUUUUCAAUCAA